AUGGAUUUUUCCCCAGGAUUUCAUGAUAUUCAUUCACAUCAGAAUGAACAACAUGCAUCACCAAUGUCAUUACCGCCAUCAUCAGCAGCACCACGAAGUGUUGCAUUAAAAGAAGAGGCAUAUGCAGUGAAUAUGGAUACAAUACAAACUACACAACAUUAUCCAUCAAUUGCUUCGAAAAUAACAACAAAUAUGGGCCCACCACCAUCUGUUUUAUCCUAUCAUCAAAAUUCUGUUGCACCAUCAACACCAUUUUCAGCAGCUGCAACACCAUUUACACCUCGACCAGCAGAUGUAUCACAUUUACAACCAAGUUUACAAAAUAUUGUAUCAACAGUUAAUCUUGGUUGUCAAUUAGAUUUAAAACGUAUUGCAUUACAAGCACGUAAUGCUGAAUAUAAUCCUAAACGUUUUGCUGCUGUUAUUAUGCGUAUUCGUAAUCCACGUACAACAGCAUUAAUAUUUGGUUCAGGAAAAAUGGUAUGUACAGGUGCUAAAAGUGAAGAAGAUUCAUUACAAGCUGCUCGACGUUAUGCUCGAGUUAUACAAAAACUUGGUUUUCCUGCAAAAUUUCGAGAUUUUAAAAUUCAAAAUAUGGUUGGAAGUGUUGAUGUUAAAUUUCCUAUUCGAUUAGAAGCACUUGUAUUAAAACAUUAUCAAUUUUGCAGUUAUGAACCAGAAUUAUUUCCUGGUUUAAUCUAUCGAAUGAUGCAUCCAAAAAUUGUACUAUUAAUAUUCGUUUCUGGUAAAGUCGUAUUAACUGGAGCAAAAGUUCGUCGAGAAAUUCAUGAAGCAUUUGAACGCAUUUAUCCAAUCCUUAAAGUGGUUCGUGGACGUGGAUCUUCAAGAGGACGAGGUGGAGGUCGAGGCCGUGGUCGGGGUCGUGGCGGUAGUCGAGGUACUGGUGGUCGUGGACGUGGUCGAGGUGGUGCAUUUGCACGUGGCGGAAGACGUGGAGUAGGUCGACAACCACGAAUGGAUACUGAUCAACAAGCAUCCACUACUCCAGCUGUUGAUCUUGAUAUAAAUGGUGAUCCAAAACCUUUUUUUGUCAAUGCUAAUGUAACAUUAGAUCAACAUAUUCAAGCACAAACAACAAAUUUACCACGUUAUUUAGCUGCACUAUUUUCUCUUGAUACGAAUAGUGUUGAAAUUGGUCAGAAAGCCAAAGCAUGUGCCUUAGCUGCUGCAUGGUGUCGACAUGAUCAUAAAUUAGCUAAUAAUCUAUUACGUCAUCGACGUUUAUUUACAUUAACAGAAGUUCUCAAAGCUGUAACUAUGUUAGAUGCUGCUCGACAAAUACGUGUUUAUGAAAAAAAAUUAAAACGUUUAGAAUUAAGUAAAACAAAACCUAAAGCAACAAAAUUAGGAAAAAUAAAAAAUAACAUUGAUAAUUUAAAUAAACUUAAACCAUCGAAUGGUUCAGCUAGUGGUGCUGUUGCACGACAUAUUCAACGUUGGACACGUACAUUAACAAAACAAGAAUUAGAAUAUUUUGCCUUGCAUAUGCCAACAGAACCAUGGAAAAAAUUAGCGGAUAUUGUACAUUUUAAUCCAACAAAAGAUUUUCCUGCUUUACCAUGGUUUUUACCAUUUUGUUUUGGUACACCAGCUCCAAGUGAAACAAUGGUUGCACGUUGUAGAGAUUUAACUAAUGAGAAUGUGAAUGACUUAUUAAAAGAAUUUGCUAUACCAUAUUCACAUUUAAAACAAUUUAAAGAACAAUUAAAUGAAUCAUCAAAAGCAAAAAUUGCAGCUAAAGAAGAUAAACUCGAUACUAUUUUAUGGUAUUAUGAAGAUUUACAAUGUGAACCUGUUGAUGAUAUUAUCGUUGAACGAUUACGUAAUGGUGAACAAAUUACUUUACCUUAUGGUAAAUUAAUGGAACGUCUUUUACUUUGUCGUUUAUUACGUGAAGGUCAAUCAACAACUGGUGGUCGUUAUGGUCGUCGAGCUACUCAAACUACACCAUCAGCUACACCAGCACAUCCAGAAAAAGCAAAAUUCUAUUCAGAUCUAUUACCAACAGCACAAGCUCAAUUAGAAAAAAUUAAAUUACCAUUAGAAUCACCUGUAGCAGUUAUUGGUGAUGCAUCAGGUUCAAUGGAAGUUGCAAUUCGUACAGCAACAAUUCUUUCAUCAUUACUUACAGCAAUUUGUUCAGCUAAACUUAAUUUCUUCAAUGAUAAAGUGUUUCAACCAUCUUUCAUCCCUAAAACACUUGAAGAUGUUUUAUCAUUAGCAAUUAUAACACAAGCUGAUGGAUCGACAGCUAAUGCUGCUGGUCUUGUACCAUAUUAUGAUGCUAAAGAAGUAAUUAAAACAUUUGUUAUGGUAACAGAUGAAGAAGAAAAUGCAGAUGGUAAAACAGCUGAUGGUUUUUCGGGAAGAUUUUUUGAAUUAUUUAUGAAAUAUCGAGAACAAAUCUAUCCAGCUAAACUUGUUUUUAUCUCAUUUCUUUCUCAUCAACAUGCUGAAGGUCAAAUGUAUUCACAAUUUAAAAAUGCAAAUGUACCUGAUGUUCUUCAAUUUAAAUUCAAUCGUGAACGUCCUGAUUUAACUAAAAUUGAUAAUCUUAUUGGUUUACUAUCAACAGGUUCUUCAGCAUCAUUCGAUAAUAAUCUUGAACCAUUACAAGCAGAAUUUCAAGCAAAUGGUGUUGAAUCCGUAAUAACACGACUAAUAGGAACACAAGAUGAAAAUUCUGCUCCAAUGGAUGUUCAAAUGGAAACAUCAGCAGCAAAUUAA